AUGACUUCGACCAAAACGACGACGACGACGCCUCUUUUUGGAAAGAGCGGUGUUUCUUUUGUUCUUGGAGCGACGAGAGUGAAGAAUUAUAAUAAGAAUAUCAACAGAGGAAGAAGACAGACGACGACGAGAUGUGCAUCCGCCUCCCCCGAAAAGGAAGCAUCAUCAUCUUUAGAGACGACGAGAAGUACUCGCGUGCUUCGACUCUUCCGAACGCCGUUUCUCUCCGAAGAGGCGUGCGAGACGCUCGUCGCGAAAGUCAAUCGUAAACUACUUUCCGAAUCAUCGUCAGGAAAUGAAAGUCUGAUCAUCGGGUCGAUCAAAACCGAGCAGUGUUUCAACGUCGAGUUGACGACUUCGUUGUCGGCGGAGAAGAUGGCGACGUUGGAGUGGCUCUUACGGGAGACGUACGAACCGGACUUGUUCGGCGAAAAAACGAGUUUAUCCGGCGAUAUCGCACCAUCCGUGGUUGAAGUCGGCCCAAGACUGGCGUUUCAAUCCGCGUGGAGCACGAACGCGGUGUCGAUAUGUAAUUCCUGCGGCGUUCCCGAGGUGAAACGUUUGGAGAGGAGCCGAAGGUUCGAGUUGUUUCGCGCGGACGGGACGAAGAUGGAAAAUCAGGAGGUAAAGGUACUGUUCGCGAAAGAAGUGCACGAUCGGAUGACGGAGUGCGUGUUCGACGAACCGUUGAUGAGUUUUUCGUUGGACGCGACGAUUCCGGAGGUGUACGAGGUGCCGAUUUUAACCGAAGGGAGGAAAGCGUUGGAGAAGGUGGAUAAAGAACUCGGCUUGGCGUUUGACGAUCAAGAUUUUGAUUUUUACAUGCAACUGUUCGGGGAGGACAUCAAGAGGAAUCCAACGAACGUGGAAUUGUUCGAUAUGGCGCAAUCAAACUCGGAACACUCGAGGCAUUGGUUUUUCAGCGGGAAGUUAACCGUGGACGGGGUGCCGAUUGAGAAGUCGUUGUUUAAGAUGGUGAAAGAGACGAUUGAAGGCGCGCCGAUGCAUAACUCUUCGAUUUCGUUUAAAGAUAAUUCGAGUGCGAUUCGAGGGUACGAGUGCACGCCGUUGAGACCAGUGAACGCCGGAGAGAGCACGAGCAUGCAACCGAGGAAAGUGGAUUACGAUUUGUUGUUAACCGCGGAGACGCACAACUUUCCCAGCGGGGUCGCGCCGUAUCCAGGCGCGGAAACUGGCACUGGCGGAAGAAUUCGCGACACGCACGCGACUGGCGUUGGGUCGACUUUAGUCGCCGGAACCGCCGGGUAUGUCGUCGGUAACUUACAAAUGCCCGGGAAUGAGUUGCCGCACGAAGACAAAUCGUUCCAGUACCCGAGCAACUUGGCGUCGCCGUUGCAAAUUUUAAUCGACGCCUCGAACGGCGCGAGCGAUUACGGGAACAAGUUUGGCGAACCGGUUAUUGCUGGUUAUUGUCGAACGUUCGGAAGCCGUUUACCGAACGGCGAACGACGCGAAUAUAUUAAGCCAAUCAUGUUUUCCGCCGGUUUCGGUCAAAUCGAUCACACCAACUUGGAAAAACAAGAAGGCGAUUUGGGCAUGUUGGUCGUUAAAAUCGGUGGUCCGGCGUAUAGAAUCGGCAUGGGCGGCGGUGCUGCGUCCUCUAAAGCCGGCGGCGAAGACGAAGCGAACGCGAGCUUGGAUUUCAACGCCGUCCAAAGAGGCGACGCGGAAAUGAGUAACAAAUUGAACCGCGUGGUGAAAGCGUGCGUGGAGUUGAUGGACAAGAACCCAAUUUUGAGCAUUCACGAUCAAGGUGCCGGCGGGAACUGUAACGUCGUCAAGGAGUUGAUCUACCCGAAAGGUGGAGAGAUUAACAUUCGCGCGGUGAAACUUGGCGACGAGACCAUGUCCGUCCUCGAAAUUUGGGGCGCCGAGUACCAAGAAAACUCCGCCAUGCUCAUCAAACCAGAAUCGUUACCGAUCAUCGAAAAGGUUUGUGCGAGAGAGCGAUGCCCAUUUAGCGUGCUCGGAUCUAUAAACGGCAGUGGUCGCGUGACGUUGAAAGAUCCGUUGGCUAAGCCUGGUACGGUUGGCGAGUUCCCGGAAGAUUUGGAUUUAGAAAAGGUCUUGGGCGACGUGCCGAAGAAAAAGUACGAUUUGAAGAGAGCGCCGCCGUCGGUGAAACCGUUGACGAUCACGGAUUCGCCAAAAGACGUUCUCGGUCGCGUGUUGAAGUUACCGUCCGUGUGCUCGAAACGCUUUUUAACCACAAAAGUCGAUCGUUCAGUUACUGGCUUAAUCGUCCAACAACAGUGCGCCGGAGAAUUGCAAAUCCCGGUGAACGACUGCGCUGUGAUUUCGCAAACGCACUUUGGCAAGACUGGUGGUGCGACGAGUAUUGGCGAAGCGCCGAUCAAGGGUUUAAUCGAUCCGAGAGCGAUGGCGAGAGUCACGUUAGGGGAAUCCUUGACUAACUUGGCGUUCGCCAACACCACCGGUUUGAAAGAUAUCAAGUAUUCCGGAAACUGGAUGUACGCUGCGAAAUUGGACGGGGAAGGCGCGCACAUGUACGACGCGUGCGAUGCGUUGAAAGAUACGAUGAUUCAACUCGGCGUUGCCAUUGAUGGUGGCAAGGAUUCCUUAUCCAUGGCGGCUAGAGCGGGUGGUGAAGUUGUCAAAACGCCCGGAACUUUGGUCAUGUCUUCGUACGUCACCGUCCCAGACGUGACCAAAUGCGUCACCGCCGACGCUAAGUUGCCAGGUUCCGGUAAAUUGGUUUUAGUCGAAUACGGGUCUAAAGAUGGCUCGAAGAGACGAUUGGGUGCUUCAGCCAUGGCGCAAGCGUACGACCAAGUCGGCGACGACGUUCCGGACAUGGACGAUAUCGAGACGUUUAGAAACGCGUGGGAGACGACGCAACGGCUCGUCGAGGACGGUAAAAUUUCCGCCGGUCACGACGUUUCUGAUGGUGGACCAGUUGUUUCCGUGUUGGAAAUGGCCUUUCCAUCCACCACGGCUGGCGUGGACGUCGAGCUCCCCGGCCCAGACGCCAACGCGGCGUUGUUCGCGGAAGAGUUGUCCGUCGUCUUGGAAGUCUCCCCGGAGAACGAACAACACGUCUUGCAAGCGUACGCCGGGAAAAACGUCACGGCGAGAACUAUCGGCUCGGUCACCAACGAUGGGAAAGUUUCCAUCAAGCACAACGGCGCGAUUGUCAUCGACGACACCACGGCCAACUUACGAGACGCGUGGGAACACACCUCGUUUGAACUCGAAAAAUUACAAUCCUCGAACAAAACAGUCGCGAUGGAGAAAGCCGGCUUGCGCAACCGCAAAGCGCCGACGUGGAAGCUCACGUACGAUUUAAAACCAACCGAUCCGGCGAAACUUUCGCGAACGAAUAAAGCGAAAGUUGCGAUCGUCCGUGAAGAGGGUUCCAACGGCGACCGCGAAAUGGCUGCCGCGGUUUACUCCGCCGGCAUGGACCCGUGGGACGUGACCAUGUCCGAUUUGCUCACCGGUAAAACCAACUUGAGCGAUUUCCGAGGUCUCGUUUUCGUCGGUGGCUUCUCUUACGCGGACGUGUUAGAUUCCGCCAAGGGUUGGGCCGGUGGUAUUCGAUUUAACGAAAACUUAAAGAAUCAGUUCAAAGAAUUUUACGAACGAAAAGACACGUUUUCCUUGGGCGUAUGCAACGGAUGCCAGUUGAUGGCUUUGUUAGGAUUCAUCCCGUCUCAAACCGGCAAGGUUGCGGAAACUCCUGACGCAAAACAACCGAGAUUUAUUCACAACGACUCGGGUAGAUUUGAAAGCCGAUUUGUGACGGUUGGUAUCGAUUCAAACACCCCGUCCAUUAUGCUUAAAGAUAUGGGUGGGUCGCGAAUGGGAGUCUGGUGCGCGCACGGCGAAGGUAAAGCGCACUUCCCAGACUCGAGCGUCAUUUCCGAACUCUCCAAAUCCGGUCAGUGCGCGGUGCGAUACGUCGAUAGCGCCGGAAAACCAACCACGGAAUAUCCGUUGAAUCCGAACGGGUCUCCAGAAGGUAUCGCAGGUUUGUGCUCAAAAGAUGGCCGACACUUGGCGAUGAUGCCGCACCCGGAGCGCGCGUUUUUGGGAUGGCAGUUGCCCUGGUCGCCGAAAGACGCAAACGUUCAAGACGUCGGGCCGUGGUUGAAGAUGUUCCAGAACGCCGCCGAUUGGUGCGAUGCGAACUAA